CGGCAUGCGCUUUUUCCUCACAGCAUCCAUUGUCAAGGCCCUACCAUCUUAAGAUAUUACCGCGCAACUAGUCUGUUCAGGGUGCUAGUCUCUUCUAAGACCACUCCUCUUGUGUUUACUCAGCCGUGGUCUUGGUGCCCCGUCAUUGCAGCGCACCUGCAGCAGCCGCGAUCCGUCCGCUUGGUUCGAGAGAUUCCUGUUCAGGGCUAGAAAAUGGCCGACGUUAUCAACGAUACUUUGAGCCUUGACGAGAACACAAAGCCAGCAACCGAAUACGUUGGCAAGCAUCAUGUAGCAGCUGUAGAUGGUGAGGGCGAAAGGCCUACACCAUCAGUGGGCAUUGGGCUUUUUGAUGAGCUCAACGAUUUGAAAAAGAAGAUUGCGGAGCUCGAGACGCGUCAGGCCAAACCCGGUCUUGCGGGAUCUGAGACAGCAGGAAUCGAUCCCGAAGUCAUGGCCGAUGUAGAAAAAUACAAGCGGAUGGAAGCCUGCUUGUACAAGCACCGGAAAGAGUGGGAGCUUAAUAUAGGGCCAGGGGAUUGGACCGGGUUCUAUCGAUAUGCACGUGCUGUGCAGAAUGGUAGACAACGAUGGAAUGUAUGUUUCCCAGAUAUUUCGGCAGACAAUUCGUACGAGCGGCCGGAUGUCUUUGACCCUGAUCAUGAUUGUGGCUUCAAAGGUACGGCCCAUCCAGAAGAAGACGGAAAAGGUUCAAAGGACGAAUACGACAUAACCAUCGACUGGGGUUAUCGCCGAGACAGAGUACGCAAAAAUUUCGAAUGGAAAAGUGCCAAGAAGCAGGAGCAGCGAAAGCGUCAUAUAGUGGUACCCGAUAGAAAUUCCAAGCUCGGCGAGGAUCAGAAGACAGACAGUACAGCGCAGGUUCUCAAUAGUUCUGCCACCCCUAGGCUCAACCCUCUGGAGUGGUAUCAGUUCAAGCAUCUAGCAAAAAUCAGAGAGCAAGAUGCAAACGUUGUCGAUAUUCUCAUCGGUGAGCCUGUCAUUGACGACGAUGUGGGGGCAAAUCAGCUGUGGUUUGGCUACUCUGGACGUCAAUCAACCAGAGACGUGGCCAAAUCCACAGGUCAGAAAUCAUUUAAUCCCAAAGAACCCGGCAAGACACCACUUCCAGAGAGAAUCAGAAUACACUCUGAUGCUCUUCUAAGGAUCUUUGUUCAAAUUCUUGGAUCAGAAGGGGGAUCGCUAGAUGACUCGGAAGUGGAGGCCGCUGUAUUCAUCAGGCCUUACAAGGCGCUCGCCUAUCGAGAACACGCAUUGCGAGACUGGUGUACGGCGCUGGAGAAGAAGCUAAAAAGGACAUCCACCAGCCAGCGAGAUCUUACGUAUACCAAAGCCUCAGUCAUUGACGCAGAACAGAGUGAUGAGAUUGCGCCGGUGAAGGGGCAACUUACCAAUGACACGGUUACUGAGAUUCAAUUUGGAGUAUCCACAGACCCCUCAGAACAGGUCAUGACAGCCACAGGACAGGCGCAAAGCACUUUGAGAGUUGCUGAGCCUCUAGCUGACCUUUCAGAAGAAUCAGGCGGCGAAGGCGAACGGGAAGAGAACGAAAGCGAAGGAAACGACCCAACAAAGUCACCAACAGCACUAGAGCAUUUGAAAUGUCUCCUUCAAUUCCUAGAUUCAAACGUUGUAGCAAAACGAGACUACCUCAACGGACCUCUAUGUCGAAAAGUCUUCUUCUCCGAUCUCUGGUACCUAUUUCGGCCUGGUGUCGAGGUAAUAAGUAGCGACGGCAAGCAGGCUUACAAAGUCAUCGGCGUUACCAGUGAGAAGCACCGCAUGGCCCCUGCCUGGCAGAAGUGGUAUAAUCCUCGGAAUAGUCGGGAGAAUAAGGACCGGAAGAAGGCAGCCUUCAGUGUCAGCUGCGUAUACAUCGAUUUUGAUGGGAAACAUAUAGGUCCGGUGGAGAAACUUUUCGACUUCAAACGAUUUGAGGGAGAGAGGGAGGUCACCUCCUUAGAGGUAUAUCCUCUUCGUUUCCACCCUUUCAGACGGUCAGAGUACAGCGAUACCGAGUGGAAAGAGCUAGCGCAUUGCCCUGAUCAGGAAAGGUACCGGCAGAAACUCAUACUUCGAGGCAACAAGUUUCUCGAAGUCGCUGGAGUUAGGCAUAUGUACUAUGCUGGGCCAACACUGGAAGUGAAAGACGAAGUAGAGAGUCCAGUUGUUAUCGAUUUCGAAACAGCUUUCACCAUGCAAGACGAUCAAACGGCAUUGAGAAAUCAGGAGCAAAGCCCGUGGAAGCCGGAGCUUAUUACCCUGAUUGGUAAUGUAGUGGCCGAAGAAAACGACGAUAUUGUCCUUGGCCCAUGCAUGGGUGACUGCUGUGGGGACGACUAUGUUUAUGAUGACCAAUAUGUUGAUGAAAAGGAGCGGUCCGAGUAUAUCAAUAGUCUGCUGCCUGCUUCAACCGGCCUAGACGAACAGCCACCGAUUACCAUUAUGCCUCGUCUGCUAAAGGAACUGCAGACUGGCCCCAAGGGCAACGCACCAUGUUCCGAAGACGAACUCGUCAUCAUGUCGUAUCGUGUAUUCGGCUUUGUCCUGCGGAGUCGGAAAUGGGCUAAACUGGACCUGUCGCAUCUGACCGAAGUUCAUCCGCAAGAAGCAGCGUCUAUGACGUCUAAUAUAGCGGGGAAGGACACCUCGCACCAACAAAGGGAGGAAGAUGAACCUUCAUCGGUUUUUGACCGUCUCGUACUCGAAAAGGGGCAUCACACCAUGAUUGUAUCACUCAUUGCCCAACACUUUCGGGAUAAGAAAUCCACUACAGGUCAAAGAGAGGAGUUCGAUCUCGUGAAAGGAAAAGGAAAAGGUCUGAUCUUGCUUUUGCAUGGCGCCCCUGGAGUAGGGAAAACUUCCACUGCUGAGGGAGUCGCAGAGAUGUUCAAAAAGCCGUUAUUUCAGAUUACAUGCGGCGACCUUGGAACAACUGCAACAGAAGUGGAAAGCGCCUUGGAGAUGAACUUUUCGCUCGCUAAUAAGUGGGACUGUAUUCUUCUCCUCGAUGAGGCCGAUGUCUUCUUAGCAGAGAGGACAAAAGAAGAUUUCAAGCGAAAUGGACUCGUUGCUGUGUUCCUGCGCCUCAUGGAAUAUUACUCAGGCAUCCUCUUUCUGACAACCAACCGCGUCGGCGACUUUGAUGAAGCCUUCACCUCACGUAUCCACGUCAGUCUCUACUACCCUGAACUCAGUAUAGACAAGACCGUUCAGGUAUUUAAAAUCAAUAUGGACAUGAUUCAAGCCCGAUUCGAUGCCAAAAGCCGCGUCAUUAAAAUCGAUAGAGAGGACAUCGCCGCCUUCGCAGCCAAAUACUUCGACAAGUACCCACAUGCACGCUGGAACGGUCGCCAGAUCCGCAAUGCAUGCCAGACAGCAGUGGCUCUGGCAGAAUCUGAGGCCCUGAGCAGAGUUCCGCAAGACACGGAGAAUCAGAAUACGGUUGUACAUUUGACAGUUAAGCAUUUCGAGGUUGUGAGGAAGGCGUACCUUGAUUUUACGAAGUAUAUGCACGAUUUGUAUGGCUCCACUUCUGCACGGAGAGCGAAAGAGGCGAAAUUACGAGCCAUCUGGAUUGAUGAAAAUGACCGCGUGGUGAGGACGCAAAACAUGGGCGGUACAGGGUUGGACAAGAAAAACGCAUUCUUGCUUGCUUCACAGAGCCAGCCAAGCUAUCCACAUGGGCAUCCGCCUCAGCAAAGCUUCGAGAGGCCAUUUUAUGGGCAGCAACCAGGAAACUACCCACAGCCGGGCUACCAACAGCCACAACAACAGCCACAAUACUACCAAAACCCUAACCAGAACCAAGGGUUCAACCCACAUCAGCCUCAAUACAACAAUGUUCCACAAGGUCAGAUGCAAGGACAACCUUCCACCUUUAAUGAGAAUUGGAACAAUCAACGCGCGGGGAAUUCCGGUGUGUUCUCUCCGGCGCCUCAAAAUGGAGGACAAUUUACCGACUCUGUUCCACCGAGACAGCAAGUGACGCCUUCACCGCAACCUCAGCAAACCCAACCAAAUCCGCAAUGGCUAGGCGAAAAUAUCAAAAACAUGUAUGCAGUAUCUGGCCAGCAAAGUAACGCACAAGCAAUGGCUGGGGCGGGUGGGGCUACCGCCGGACAGGCAUGGAACUGCCCCUGUGGAAAUUCCAAUCCUGUGCACUCAGGGUUUUGUUCAAACUGCGGAGGGAAGGCGCAACGAGUGUAAGGUUGAAUCUUUGUUUCAAAAAGGCUAUGGAGCUUAGACUAUGACUUACCGGCUCAGACAAGACGUGUAGGGUUGAUCAAUGGAGUAUUUCCUUUUUAGCUGGCGAGGACCUACACAUGCAAUUCGAAAUUGUCCACAUCUAUUAGGGUCAUCGUAUUGGAUUUAUAGUUUAGUUUUUAUAGUUUUGAAUUUCACCCUAUACAUAGGGCGCAAUCGUCAUCCGUACUU